AUGAUUGGUGGAUUCGUCGGUGCCUCUAUUCAAUACGCCACCUCUCAAAACAUAUACGACCCCGCCAGGCGUCGCCAAUGGGAGGCCGAGGAGGAGAGGGAGCGGCAAAGGGAAGAAGAAGAGGCGGCAGAGAGGCAUCGCCAAAGGGAGGCUGAAGAGGAGAGGGAACUGCAGAGGGAACAAGAGGAGGUGGCAGAGAGGCGUCGUCAAAGGGAGGCUGAACGCCCACGAUGGGAAAAGGAGCAAGAGGAGGCGGAAGAGAGGCGUCGUCAAUGGGAGGCCGAGGAGGAGGCGAUGCAGCGUGCUCAGAUUCAUCGGUUGGCGUUGGAGAGCUCGCAGCAUUGCGAAUGGUAUGGAACGAGGAAGUAUUGGGCGAAGAUGGGCCCCUUGGUUGGUGGCUAUGAUCCUAUGAAGGCGUGUUGGACUUCGGAGAUUGAGAUUCAUGGUCGGAAGAUGAAGCCGACGUAUUGCGAGGAUAAGGGAUGCACGGCUCCAGGAUCUGGUCUCCGGCGCUUUGACGCCCACCUGAUGAAUCUCGACUACGCGGACGGAUGGAACGUCAUGUUUUCCUCCACGCCGGCCAAUUUCAAUGGGUUGCAUUUCAAUGGCGCCAUGUCUUGCGUUAAUAGUUACUUUGGCGGUGUUUUUGGAAUCUGGGACAUCGUAGAUGGUGACUGUCUCUAG